CGCUCAGGAUGAAUCCCUUCUCUUCCGCCUUUAGCUAUUUGCUACUGCACUUGUUUGCUUUCUGCUUGCAGGCACAGGUAACUGUUCAGUCCCCACCUAAUUUUACACAGCAUGUGAGGGAGCAGAGCCUGGUGACCGAUCAACUAAGCCGGAGACUCGUCCGGACCUAUCAGCUGUACAGUCGGACCAGUGGGAAGCACGUGCAAAUCCUGGACAACAAGAAAAUCAAUGCCAUGGCAGAAGAUGGAGAUGCUCAUGCCAAGCUUAUUGUGGAGACUGACACAUUUGGGAGCCGUGUGAGAAUCAAGGGAGCUGAGACAGGCUUCUACAUCUGCAUGAACAAGAAAGGAAAGCUGAUUGGCAAGAGCAAUGGCAAAGGCAAGGACUGUGUCUUCACAGAGAUUGUGUUGGAGAAUAACUACACAGCAUUACAGAAUGCCAAGUACGAGGGAUGGUACAUGGCCUUCACCCGGAAGGGCCGUCCCCGCAAGGGCUCCAAGACCCGCCAGCAUCAGCGCGAGGUGCACUUCAUGAAGCGGCUUCCCAAGGGCCACCAAACGACAGAGCCCCACAGACGCUUCGAGUUUCUCAAUUACCCUUUCAACCGGAGGAGUAAAAGGACUCGGAACUCCAGCCCCAAGCCAACCCCCUGACCAGCCCCCCCCCCACCUCGUGCCACUCAGGCCCACCCUCUUUCACUUCUGUUGGAGGGCCCUGUGUAGAGACUUAAUUGAUGGACAUUAACUAGAGACUUACCUGUUUAUAAUAAUUACAAAGGGGGUGGAAGAAGAAGAAAAAACUUGAUCUAGUUGUUUAUAAUUGUUCGUUUUUUGUGUUUUUUUUAAACAGAGGCUCUAUUUUUGUAU